CGCGGGGCAGGGCACGGGGAGGGGGGCUGCACCCUGAGCUGGGCGCGGGAGGAGGAAGCUGCCAGGGCAGACACGAGGGCAAUGGCGGACGGUGCCAAGCUGAUGGAGCGGUUUGAGGGCACUGCCCGUGGGCACCAGGUGCCGCCGUCCGGCUGGCGGAUCUGCCUGGCCCAUGAGUUCGAGGAGAAGAGGAAACCCUACCAGGCCUCGAACGUCUCCGCCUCCGACGUGGUGAAACAUCUGGGCCUGGGCAUGCGGUAUUUGCGGUGGUGGUACAGGAAGACACACGUGGAGAAGAAGUGUCCCGUCAUCGACAUGUUCAACCCGCUCCCCCUGCGCCAGAUCUACGGGUGCCCGCUGGGUGGAUUUGGGGGAGGUACCAUCACACGAGGCUGGAGGGGAGAGUUCUGUCGAUGGCAGUUGAAUCCCGGAGUGUACCACUACAAGACAGUUGUAGCUGACCAGUUCACCGUCUGCUUGCGCCGGAAGGGACAGACCGUUUACCAGCAGGUCCUAUCUGUGGAGAGACCCAGCGUGCUGCAGGACUGGAACUGGGGCUACUGCGGCCACUACGCCUUCUACCACGCCCUGUACCCUCGGGCCUGGACCGUCUACCAGCUUCCUGGGCAGGACGUGGUGCUCACCUGCCGGCAGAUCAGCCCCAUCAUCCCAAACGACUACCAGGACACCAGCCUGCCCGUGGGAGUGUUCGUCUGGGAGCUGGAGAACGGCAGCGAUGAGGCCGUGGACGUCUCCAUCAUGCUGACCCUGCAGAAUGGCAUGGGCACCAAGGAGGACAAGAGAGGGGGCCACUGGAACGAGCCCUUCAGCCUGGAGAAGGACGACGCACGGGUCUCAGGAGUCCUGCUGCAUCACUGCAGCCCCGUGAACCCCUACACCCUCGCCAUCUCCGCCAGGGAGCAGGCUGGCACAAGAGUGACCCACUUCACAGCGUUCAACCCUGCUGGCACAGGGCAGGCGGUGUGGCAAGACCUCCUUCAGGACGGCAGGUUGGGCUCUCCGGCAGGUAAGGGCAGCCUCACGGAGAAGGGGGAGGUGACUGCAGCAGCUGUUUGCGCCAGCUGCACAGUGCCGGCCCGGGGGCACAGGACGCUGGAAGUGGCCCUGGCCUGGGACAUGCCGCGCAUUCACUUUGGCUCAAAGGAGAAGCUGCAUCUCAGGCGGUACACGCGCUAUUUCGGCAGCGCAGGGGACGCGUGCCCUGCCCUCUCCCACUACGCGCUCACGCACUGUGAGCAGUGGGAGGAGAAGAUCGAGAGCUGGCAGAGGCCCAUCUUGGAGAGCAGCCACCUGCCCCCCUGGUACAAGUCGGCUCUCUUCAACGAGCUCUACUUCCUGGCGGACGGCGGGACCCUGUGGCUGGAGCUGCCCCCGGAGGCCUGCGCGGAGGACGUGCAGGGCCCCGCGGGGGCCGGGCUGUCCCAGCUCUUCCCUGUCCUGCGGGAGUACGGAAGGUUUGCUUACUUGGAAGGUCAGGAGUACCGGAUGUACAACACCUACGACGUUCACUUCUACGCCUCCUUCGCCCUCGCCAUGCUGUGGCCCAAGCUGGAGAUCAGCCUGCAGUACGACAUCGCUGCCGCUGUGCUGAACGAGGACACGCAGCCCAGGCUGUACCUGAUGAAUGGGCAGACGGCCCAGGUGAAGCUGAGGAACGUGGUGCCCCACGACAUCGGGGAGCCUGAGGACGAGCCGUGGCAGCGGGUCAACGCCUACCUGAUCCACGACACGGCCGGCUGGAAGGACCUGAACCUGAAGUUCGUGCUGCAGGUCUACCGCGACUUCUCCCUGACCCAGGACGCUGCCUACCUGCGGGACAUGUGGCCCGUCUGCCAGGCUGUGAUGGACGCGGAGCUGAAAUUCGACACGGACAACGACGGGCUGAUAGAAAACUCGGGCUUUGCUGACCAGACCUAUGACGCCUGGGUGGCGACUGGGGCCAGCGCGUACUGCGGCAGCCUGUGGCUGGCCGCCGUCUGCGUGAUGUGCAAGGUGGCGGGGAUCGUGGGUGACGACGAGGUCCUGCAGAAAUACAGCGCCAUCCGACAGAAGGGCGCAGAGGCGUUUGAGCGGCUGCUGUGGAACGGGAAAUACUAUAACUACGACAGCAGCGGGGGCCCCUUCUCCAGCACCGUCAUGUCCGACCAGUGUGCCGGGCAGUGGUUCCUCCGGGCCAGCGGCCUGGACCACGGCGAGUUCCAGGUUUUCCCCAGGAGCCAUAUUGUCAGCGCGCUGAAGACGAUCUUUGAGCUGAACGUCAUGAGCUUUGCCAAUGGGACGAUGGGCGCCGUGAACGGCAUGAGGCCCGAUGGGAGCCUGGACACAUCCAGCCUGCAGUCCAGCGAGGCCUGGGUUGGGGUUGUGUACGCUCUGGCAGCCACCAUGAUCCAGGAGGGCCUGGUGCAGGAGGGCUUCCACACAGCGGAGGGCUGCUACCGGACCGUGUGGGAGCGGCUGGGCAUGGCCUUCCAGACGCCAGAGGCCUAUUGCCAAAGGAAGCUCUUCCGCUCUCUGGCCUACAUGCGCCCCCUCAGCAUCUGGAGCAUGCAGCUGGCCCUGGAGAGCAGAGCCCGCCAGGCGCCUGCCGCCACGGAGCUGCACCCAGUGCCGGAGACCUCCCCCGAGCCGUGAGGGAAGGAACCGGGGAGCAUGCGCUGGGCCCCUCUGCAGGCCAGGGACUGUGUGGAGGCCGCUUGCCCCUUUUUAAAACGUGAUUUUAAUUGCUGUAUCUUCCCUCCUCUCUCCCUAGCCUUCUCUCUCCCCAGUGCACACAGACGUGCCCCUGCCCCCUCAGAGCAGCAGGGCCCCAUGCUUCAUGCCCUAGCUGUGUCCCUCAUCCCCGGGGCCCUCCUAGCCACAAGAGAGACAGUUCCCCGGGCCCAGAUGCCUGAGCGGGGAGAGCAGCCCCGAGAGAAUGAGGAGGAAGGAGCGUCUGGGGGGGGCUGUGCCCAGGAUCCUUCCUCUCCCGCGUGGCUCCGGGGCUCUGCCAUGCACAGGGCAAGUCCCCUCGGGAGGUGGGGAAUCCCUAUGGCCGGCAGGUCUCACUGCCUCCCUCAGCGCCUGUCCUGCCUGCGGCCCCACCCAGAACCGCCCGGCAGAAGGCGUGGAGGGAGGAGCACGUGGGCGUGGUGCGCACCGUGCCGGCACUUGGCUGGCACUGCCGCGGAGGGCGUGUGCCCCGGCUGCUUGGGUGCAGAUUUCACCUGCCCUUGCUGGCUGAGCUGUCACCUUACACGGUGCAUUUUGUCGCCGUCUGUAAUCGCUGCAACUGCAUGUGGGGCGUGGCAGAGCAGCAUCCACUGCAGGGCACAGACCAUCCGUGGGCGAGGGCCUGGUACCUGCUGAGCCCUCGCUGCAGGGAGAAGCCCCUGGGAAGCUUGGCAGCAGUUAUGCUCCCCCCGCCCCCCCCAGCUCCCCCCCCCCUUUCAGCAGCACGGCCCAUGGGAGAGGCGCAGGGAGAGUUGAAGACGUGGGCACUGCUGUGAGGGAGGGCACCAUUGCCCUUCCCUGGCCCGAGGGGCUGCCCAGCCGGGCUGGGUCCCUUCAGGGUGCCUAGUCCAGGCAGGGGCCAUUGGUAACCUGUGGCAAGAGCAGUUCCCCAGCAUGAUCCACCCCAGGCCUGGGGACCGCUGCCUGGCCUCCGACAAUCCUCAUCCCAAAUGAACUCUUCUUGGACGGGCGGUGUCUGUCCCCGGCACUGCAGCACCCCACCCCUGCAUGGCCACUGCACACGAUCACAGCUGGCACUGGACCAUGGGGCUCAAGGGAGCUGUUUUUAAAUGCUGAAUAAUUUUAAUUUAAAAUCAUCAUAAUAAAAUAUCAUCUGCCUGUGGGCCUGUC